GAUCCUAUGUGUGUGUAUAAAAGGAUUUUGAAAAAAUGUUUUUUCUUAAUUAUUUGAUCUUAAUUAUUAUUUUUUUUCGUUUAGGUGACGAGGUGAAUUGGGUACAAUGUGACCGCUGUGAAUUGUGGUUCCACUUGUUGUGUGUUGGCGUCGGAGAGGACGAGGUUGGGGAAGACGAUGAUUACGUCUGCUUCAAGUGUAAGGUACCGCUGAGGUCCGCUGGUGGUGGCACAGUUUCACUGAGGACGGCAGCUAGCGGUGGUGGUGGUACCGUCACUGCUAGCAGCCUGGCCAAUGGUGUCGUCACCACGGUGCCACAGAGAUCAACUAGUAACGUCGGUGGUGGUGGUGGUGUCAGAACCACCAACAGCCUGACCGGUAAUGUCACAGUGCCUCCGUCUCCACCACACACACCAGAUGAAGAGCAGGAGGAGGAGGAGGAGGAAGAAGAGGAAGAGGAGGAGGAGGACGAUGAAGCAGAAGUGGCUUGGUCCUCAAAUGAGGUCGUGUCGCCUGGUGGUGGCACUGGUGCUGACGGGUCUCUGUCUGCUCCGCUUCGCAGCGGUGCCACAACAAAGGACUUUCAGCGACGUGGCUCGGGUGGCGGUGGUGACAGGAUGGAGUUGGAUGCGGCAGCGGUGGAGGAGGAGGAGGAAGAAGAAGAAGAGGAAGAGGAUGGUGGUUGUGAUGGUGUUGGUGGUGGUGAUGAUGAUGGUGCUGAUGGUGGUGCUGGUGGUGAGAGAGAAAAUGGCAAAGUACAACUACAGCAAGACGAUGAUGAUGAUGAUGAUGAUGAUGAUGAUGAUGACGGUGAUGAUGAUGGUGAGGAUGUGGUUAUGACGGUGGACGAUGACAACAGGAACAUUGACGACGAUGACGAUGACGAAAUGUUGACGACGACGACGACGAUGCGAGCAGGCAGGGCGAAGGAGGGGAGCAGUCGCCCAUGGAUAUUGAACCCACGACCGGAAGUAGACAAACAGCAGCGGCAAAGACUAUAAACUCAACAUCAACAGCAGCAGCGACGACAACAACAACAACAAUAACAAAACCAACUACAACAUCAACAGCAGCAGCAGCAUCAGGCCCCUUGGCGGAGACUUUGACGGCCGGAAGGAAAGACCCUGGUAAGAUAAAAAAAAUAAU